UAUUUUUCACCUAACAUAAACUUCUUAAAGCUAUCGUACACAUCAUGUCACGGAGGGUCUUGUUCUUGUUCGAUGUUGACGGUACUCUCACAGCUCCCAGAGCUGUCAUCACGAACAAGAUGCUGGAUUUCAUGACAGAUCUGAGUAAGAGAACUACUGUUGGUAUUGUCGGGGGAUCCGAUGAGGCUAAAAUAGUUGAGCAACUUGAUGGACACAUUGAGCUUGCAACUUAUCUCUUUUCGGAAAAUGGGCUUGUGGCAAAAAAGGGCGAAAAAUUGAUUGGAAAAACAAGUAUAAUAGAUAAGAUAGGCAAUGAUAAACUCCAAGAUUUUAUAAACUUUUGCCUGUCCUACAUGUCAAAAUUGAAACUUCCUUGCAAACGUGGUACCUUCAUCGAGUUCAGGAAUGGUAUGAUAAAUAUUUGCCCUGUUGGCAGAGCCUGCUCAGUGGAAGAACGCAAAGAAUUCUUCGAAUACGACCAUGUCCACAAGCUGAGAGAACAAUUUGUUACAGCUUUAAAAAACCAGUUUCCUGAUCUAGAAAUGAAGUACAGUAUUGGAGGUCAAAUCAGUUUCGAUUGUUUUCCUAUAGGCUGGGACAAAACUUACUGCCUUCAGUACAUCGAAAAAGAAUUUGAUGACAUAUAUUUUUAUGGUGACAAAACUUAUGAAAGUGGCAAUGACUAUGAGAUAUUCAUUGAUUCUAGAGUGCAAGGAAGGACAGUUACAGGACCUGAUAAUACCUUAGAACAAGUCACAGCUGAUCUUACAAGACUUGGUCUUUAGUUCGUUUAAUUUUGGAAUUAUUUGUCACGUUUAAGAUUUUGAUGUUUGGAUAAAAUUGUCUUUUAAUAUCACUUUUCGAGUGGUUAUGUUUAUAUUAAAAUUGUGUUCUUUUAUGGGAAUCAGAUGUAAGAAGUAUUUAAUUUUAAAUUGUACAUUUUGCUUAUGUAUUUCGGUUCAUACCAACUGUG